GAUAUUACUCGUGCUUACAUAUCAACAUUGGUAUUUGAACUUAUCGCAUUAGAUAGCAAAGAAUGAGCAACGAAAUAGAAGUAUUCUUUGACAAAGAAUCUUUUCCCUUUGUCAAUGGAAACAUUGCUCGAAAUGAUCGCCUUUGUUCUGCCAGCAUUAUUGUACCAUGCUUACGAUAUUUUUGUGAACGUAUUUUCUUGUUAACUUAUUCUGAUUCAUACAGUUAACGCGUCACCACAAGGAAAAUUCUAUUAGAGUUACGGCCGAAAAUUAUGAUAACUGAGCUAUUUGACCAUUAUAGACGAUUCAACGCGAGUAAAUAUUUAAUAAUUUAAUAACAAAUUAUUCCAACUAUUUUAAACUUAUUCAAUGCUUUUAUCAAAGUGUAGCGAUGUGAUAAUUUAUCUUGUUGAAGAAAUACAUUUUUUUCAUUUAAAAAGUAACAGCAUAUAGUCUGACCAACGAGACGAGACAGUAAACAAAAUUUAAUUGCUGCAGCUGCAACUUUUGGCUGGCGACUAAUGAAACGCGUAUCACUAAUAAUAAUAGCGGCUACUACGAAGUAGUAACAUAAUAAUAGUAGUAGCAUAUUUUCUAAUAAUUCAAACAAAUUAUUGUCAAAGACGUGCAUGCUCGAUGAACGCGUAAUGUGGAUUUAUUCGAAAAUGAAAAGUCCUAUGCAGCUACAAUUGUUACUCUACAUUUUGAAUUUAUUUUUUCAUAUAGAUUUACUGUUUCUCUAGUUGUACCACUUAUUCGAAGAUAUUCUACAUAGUGAACUUAUCGAAUAAUAAUUACUUUGUGAUCAGUAAAUUUAUCGCAAUCGGAGAUGACAUAGAGGAUGUGUCUAGAAGUUACUUCAUUCGAAAGCCACGAAUAAAAAGGAAACGACCUCCGUCGUACGAAUUGGUGCACACAGCCACGCAAAACUCCGCGCCACCUCCAUCUGUACCACAGGAACCGGAAGAACCAGAGCCGAUGGCUUGUUACAGAUGUUACAAGAAGAAACGGAAGAAAAGCACCAAAAGACCGAAGAGAUGAAACAUGUAAUUAAAUGUAUCAUUUAAGAUAAACAUGAAAAGACUGCUGCAUGGGUUGUAUAAAGCUCUCAUUAAACGUUCACGCGUGUAAUUUCUCUUUGCAACGAUCGUACACUGGCUCACGAACGCUUACCAUAACAAGUUUUCAUCAACACGCAAUUUGUUGAAAUUUUAAUCGUAAUUAUAAUAUUGGUCAAAUUUGAAACUAAUUUAUACACAUAGUACGAUCUCGAGAACCAGUGGACGGAUUUUCAUGCGAUUUUCACCAUUCUUAAAAAGCAUUUCUCGUGUAAGAUUUAGGUUCGUAAAACGUUACCCUAUGACAAAAGGAAACAGGAGUCGAAAAUAUUUAUAAACCAGAGACAAUUUACUGCCAUUCGCAACGCAACGGUGACCUUCUACGCUAGAAUUGUAUUUUGUUUAGAAUCGUUGCCACUAUACAUAUAACGAAGUCAUGCGAUCCCCCCUCUCCAAGCAGCGUCUUUUUCUUUUUAGCGUAUGGCAUGUCAGAAACUGCUUCGCGACGAUAUUGUUUCACGGACUAUGAAAUGUUUACCGAGCCAAUAGAAAUUCACAAAAUCGUCGUCCAUAUUAUUAAAAACGAUUAUAUUAAGGUUCAGGACAAAGACCGGUCAUAUGAGCUGGUUAGAAAAUAUAUGUAGAGACGACAAGAUAUUUAUUGCAAACAUACACUUAGUAACUUAGCAUACAACAAGAAUAAUUUAAUAAUUAAUAAAAUAUACGAUUAAUGCUAAAGAUGGUCUCAUUGAAUACUGUAGUUUACUAUUAUAAUUAAUAAUUGACCUUUUAAAUACUUCUACGGUCUUUGCGAAAUGUAUACUUGCAACAAAUAUUUUGUAACUUCUAUAUCUAUACAUUUUCAGGUACAUUCCAAAUUUCACAAUUUUUUUGUACAACUCGUAUAAUAUGUCCAUGAAAAGUUUCUUUAAAUAUCCAGAUACUUCGACGAGUCAUUGUGUGUCUAUUUCGUAAAAUAUAUUUUGCCAUUCGACCAUGUAUAACUCCAACAACCGCAAAUUACCGAAUGAUGAGCGAACCAUCCGAAAUUCGUCAGAGUUGAUCCCGUGUUAUUUGAAAGUCAUAGAAGUCCGUCAGCCGUGAAAUUCGCCGAAGUUAAUUUCUCACGAAACAAAGCAAAGAACGAUAAUUUUAUGUCGCCGUUUCGAGACGUUUCGUUUCGUGAACCUCACAAUGAAAGAAUUAUCAAGGACGCACGAAUGGCCCACAAGGUUAAGCCUCAUCGUUAUUCUGCUGCGAUACGAUGUCCUCGGCACGAUCGACGUCAAUUUAAACGAGCUGGAAUAUUUAGCCGCACGCCUUAAUCCUUUCGAGUGUCGACGCUUGAUAGCUGCGCUUCAUUAUAUCACUUACGAUCUACCGAACAAUCUCGCAGCUGCUGAACGUAACGUGGACGACGAUAUACCUUGCAUCCGCCAUCUUUUGCAUUGGAAUAGUUCUCCAGCUGAAGGCAAAGGAAACACUCACGAGAUUUUAACCCACAGACUUCGUCAAAUAAAUCGAAAUGAUCUGGCAGAUUGGUUAGGAAAAUCCUCGUUCGUGCAAAUAGGGAAAGAUCUCGACAGGGCACUGGUAAACACGUUCGAUGAACUCGUCAAAGAAGAAACGGAAUUGCCGUAAGUAAUCUUGAUGAAAUUUUUCGAUUACCGUUUAAAUAACGGUACGGUUUGAGUAUAACAUAUCGGUUUAACAAAUUUUUCUUUCGACAGAAUAAAACACGCAUUAAGUCUCACAGAAUAUAAAUACGAAGUUCUUUAUCUUCAUCUAAAUAAAAAUUCCAUUUAAUAAGACCGAAGAAAAAUCUUCUCUAUAAUACUAUCAUAAUGUAGUUUUAUACUUUAUUUCAAGUAGAUACUAUUCCGAAAUUAUUUUCGUAUUUUACAAUCAACUUGAGAGUAUCAAUUAUACAUUCUUUUACAAUCUUGAACUUUUAGUGUAUCAUCCUCCAAAAAUAUGAAUUGCCAUCACCUCUAUAUCUAUUUAAUAAAAUGUAAUGUUUCUUUGAAAAUAAAAGCAUCAUAGCCAUGAACAGCCUUAAUUGUCGGUACAUUUGCAUUUAUCGUUUCAAAUUUCACAGUUAUCCAGUAACGCUUGAAUCAUUCAAACGCCAUGAAGAAGAAGAUCCUUGGCUGCAAAUUGAUGUUAUUCUCAUGGCAACCUUAUUAGGACUACUAGGAACCCUACUAACACUGAUAUGUUACACAGUAUUGCAAAAGAUCAGACAGCACUUUCGUAAAACCAAGUACAAGUACGAUUAUCAUUUUCCGCAUAUUUUUGCCGUGUUAUAGAUACCAAUAACAAAAAUUGUCUAUUUGUUUCGUGUUUCGUUUUACACAAAUAUAUAUAUAUAUGCAGGAUGUACAAAAAAAUGGGGAAAAUACUUUGACAUAGUGUAAUACUUAUGAAAACAAGCAAAAAAAAGUCUUAAUAAAUAUGGGUAAUAACUAUUAAUUUCAAUGCUACGAGAUAUUUUUCUCAAUAAGACAUUACUUUCGACAUUACGUUCAAUCAACACACACUUAGGCACAUUUUUUCAUACAAUUGUGUACACGACAAUCCUGCCAUUUUUCUAAUCUUUUACUUAUAUACUAUACUUUUAUACACUAAGCGAUAACUAUGAAAUGAAUGGUUUUUCAACCCAAGUUUAUUAAGACGUUUUUCCUUGUUUUCACGAGUAUUAUAUGCUCUUAAAGCUUUUCCCCGGCUCUUUUUUAUACACCCUUUAUAUACCCGUGCUUAAUUUACAGAAAAUUAAAGCAGCAGGAAAGUGAAGACGAAGAAUAUAAAGUACAAAGGGAAAGAAGAAAGAAGAAAUACACUACUGAAAGAAGCAAUGUAGCUACUGAUUA